UUUGAGUAAAUGGGUUUCCUGAAGCCCAUUAAGCUAUAACUUGCUGGCUAAGCAUAUGCGUUUUCGGCGUGACCUGGACACAACUAACGCGGUCGGAGAAAAAGACAUAUGAAGACAAGAACAAGUUGUCUAAACUCUUCUUUCGCAUGAUAUAAUAUAUGAUACUACUAUUCUUUUUGCUUAACGAAUACUAUUAUUCGUUCUUAGAUUAAAAAAAUGUGUAGGCAGUAAAAAAAAACAUCAGAUUAAAAUGCGAACUGUGUAUUAAGUGCUAAUAAAUGAAAUUAAUUAGUUUACAUUUUCCAAUAUAAUAAACAUUAAGCACCGGAUCAAAUUCGUUGUAUGAGGAAUUGAUGAAAUUGAUGCAUAGUCAAAAUGGGAUAAUUGAGAGAUCCCGCAAGACACCGGUUUGGCAGGAAAAAAAGAAGAAGUUGGUCGAUAAAAUGCGACCACAUCAUUAGAACGAAAUCUAAAGAAAUUGAUUACUCAUCCUUUUAAUAAUAGCAAGUUGUAUAGAAAAUUGUUUAAAUAAUAAAAGCUGGGAACACCUAUUGAUACGUAAUAAUUUAGAUAUUAAAAACUGCUAAUGCUAAAUACUCGUAAAAUGUUGAAAAAUAAGAAAGACUCGUAAACUGCAAAUAAUACUAAAGUUUAAAAGGGGGAGUUGAAAAUAAGUAAUUUAGCAAAAAAGAAAAAAAAAAAGAGAGUUGAAAAUAAGUAGAUUAGUAACAGGUAAUACUUGACAAAAAAAAAAAAGUAACAGGUAAUACGAUUCACAAAAAAAAAAAAAAAAAAGUAACAGGUAAUACAGGCCUGGACAGAGGCGAGCGUAACGUUGCCGUUAUAUGAGAAAAAAGGGCGUGUCUCCACAUGCCACGUGGGGUUGACGCAUUCGUCAUAAAGUCUCUCCAUCACCGUUAAUUAACGUCUCCAUCCAACGCCGCUCUCAUCAAAUCCUUUUCACCGUAAUAAUGCAUGUGUAUAUUUUAUUUUCCUUGAUGGCGCAAGUUUUACUAAAACACAACACAACACAACACACUGAUAAAAAAAAUAAAAUAAAAAAGAAGGAAUAUACGAACCUCUCUGAUCUUCCCUUUUCUUCUCCUUCUAAUCCAUCGUUUUCGUCUUUCUCCAUCUAUAGUCUCAGUGAAUUCGACGCCGACUCAAUGACUGUCACUGCCCGAUAUUUUCCUUCAGUUUGAAUACUUUUAACUUUUUUUCAAUUUACUGGGGAGUAUUGGUUUCACACUUGCUGCUCUCUCUCUCUCACUGUGAAAAUCUCCAGAGAUUCUUCUUCGGAUUAGUGGUAACUGGUCAAAGAUAAGGAGCAAUGUUCAGGGAAGCAGGCUUAAGAAGCUUAGGAGAGGAUCAUGUUGGUUCACGGUGGACGAUUGGUAACCGUAAAUUGGAUGCUAAGUCUGUUUCCAACGGUGUGAAAGCUUCUCAUGGUUUUGGACUCAGGACUGCUCCUCCCGUUCCUUCGGCCACUAAACCUGCUGCUGCUGCUGCGAGAGGUAAUCAUAAAAACGGUGGCUCGAGUUCAGACAUGGACAUUGCUUCUGAUUCAGAUGAAGAGACCUUCGAGAGACACCACUCGCCUCAAGAUUAUAAAACUCAUGCUCGCUUCCCUCACGUGGCGGCAGCUCAUAAUGGUGGACUUGGGCGUAAUGAAGCUGAGAGGAACAAUAAUAUGUCUUCGCAUAACGAAUGUGAAACAAGGAGAAAUGUUGAGGCUGGAACUACGGGAAGGACUCAGAACGGGACCAUCACUUCAACGACUUCAUUGCUUCCUCGUUUCCCAACCUUCCACGCAAGUGAGCAAGGUCCGUGGUCUGCGAUGAUUGCAUAUGAAGCAUGUAUGCGGCUAUGUCUUCACUCACAGUCAGUGGAUAGAGUCAACGAGGCUUCUUACUUCCUGAACAACGAAUGCAAGACAAUGCGAAAGGCAUUUAGUUUGGAGAAAUUCUUCCUUCAAUCUGAAGAAGAGUUACUUGGAAAGGGACCUUGCGAGUUGGUUACCGAGCCAUCUGCUCCAAAAAAUAAGAAAACUAUUGGAAAAAUUAGAGUCCAAGUUCGUAAAAUUAAAAUGGGAUUAGAUCCACCGCCUGGCUGUAACAUUGCAUCACUGACGGUCCCCAAGGAAAAGCUCGUAGUUGUCCGUCGCAAUAUCGCGGAGCUGAAUUUGACUUUAUCUUCUGGAUGGAAAGCAGCGAAGAAAGUCCAUGUCACUCCUCGUGUUCCUCUUAAUGGUUCCUUUUCACGUCAAAGUCUGGCUUACGUGCAAGCAGCUGCCCGCUACCUUAAACAGGUCUCAAAAGCUGUUAAAAACGAAGUGGUUGCAUCUCACACUGGAUCACAAACUUAUGAAACAGUACAAGAAACAUAUUCAUGUUCAUUGAGGUUGAAGAGCUCCGCUGAAGAGGAUCAAAUUAAGACGCAGCCUGGAUCCAGCGAGGCGUUUAUUUUCUUGCCAGACAGUCUUGGAGAUGAUUUGAUUAGUGAAGUUCGAGAUUCGAAGGGGCAACUUCUUGGUCGUGUUGUAGUUCAGCUAGCAGCUAUUGUUGAUGAUCCGAAUGAAAAGGUGCGAUGGUGGCCAAUAUAUCACGAACCAGAGCAUGAACAUAUUGGGAGAAUACAACUUCAUUUAAGUUAUUCAAGCAGUCUAGAUGAGAAAACCAAGUGUGGAUUGGUGGCAGAAACGUCAGCUUAUGAUAUUAUCCUAGAGGUGGCUAUGAAAGCAGAACAAUUUCAGCGAAGAAAUUUAGUGUUCAAGGGCCCAUGGCUCUGGAUGAUAACUCGAUUCGCAUCAUAUUAUGGGAUUUCAGAUGCGUACGCAAGAUUAAGAUAUCUUUCUUAUGUCAUGGAUGUUGCUUCGCCUACCAAGGACUGUCUUGAUCUGAUAUAUGAUUUUCUACUCCCUAUAAUAAUGAAAAGCAACCACAAGUCUGUGUUGAGUCAUCAAGAGAACCGAUUACUGGGGGAAAUUGACGAACAAAUUCAGCAGAUCCUUGCUUCAGCAUUUGAGAAUUAUAAAUCACUUGACGAGCUGUCUUUCUCCGGGAUGAAAGAUGUAUUUGAGUCUGCUACGGGGACUCCAGCACCGGCAAUAGAAUCAUCUGUCAAGCUUUAUGCUCUUCUCAACGAUGUAUUAACACCUGAGGCACAGCUGAAACUUUGCAGAUACUUUCAGGCUGCUUCAAAGAAGAGGUCAAUAAGACAUUUAUUGGAAACAAACGAUUUACUUAACAACCGUAGUGAAGGUGCUGCACCAGUUGAUCCGAUGGCACUUACAGCUUCUUAUCAAAAGAUGAAGUCUCUAAUAUUGAGCUUUAAGAACGAAAUAUCCACUGACAUUGCUAUCCAUAACUGCAAUGUGCUCCCAAGCUAUAUAGACCUUCCAAAUCUUUCCGCGUCAAUAUAUAGUGUGGAUCUUUGCAAUAGGCUCCGGGAGUUUCUUCUCGUAUGUCCUCCUCCUGGACCAUCACCUCCUGUUGUUGACCUUGUUAUCACAACUGCUGACUUUCAGAGAGAUAUUACUAGCUGGAACAUAAAUCCUAUUAAAGGUGGUGUGAACGCCAAAGAGCUAUUUUAUUCGUAUAUCACAAACUGGAUUGAAGAGAAAAGACGCGUUCUAUACGAACUCUGCAAGCUAGAGACGGUAAAACCAUGUGGUGAGAUCUCGGGAUUGACUUCUCCUUUUGUGGAUGAGAUGUAUCAGAGACUCAAUGGGACACUUGACGAAUAUGAUAUUAUCAUUAGGCGUUGGCCAGAAUAUGCAAUAUCCUUGGAGAAAGUUGUAGCAGAUGCAGAGAAGGCAAUAGUGGAAGGGAUGGAGAAACAGUUUGCUGAGAUUAUAUCUCCGUUGAAGGAAAGUAAGAUCUUUGGGCUGAAAAUCGUCAAGAAGUUCACUAAAGGCGCACCUAACCCUUACGCUGUGCCAAAAGAGCUUGGAGUUCUUUUGAACUCGAUGAAAAGAGUGCUUGACAUUUUACGGCCGAGUAUAGAGAACCGGUUUAAAUCUUGGAACUCAUACAUCCCCGACGGAGAAAACAGAAUCUUGGGAGAGCGGUUGAGUGAAGUUACAGUGUUGUUAAGAGCCAAGUUCAGAAGUUAUAUGCAGGCACUCGUGGAGAAACUCGCUGAGAAUACGAGAAUACAAAAUCACAUGAAGCUAAAGAGCAUCAUCCACGACUUAAGGGAAACCACAGCAGAACCAGAUGUUAGAAACCGAAUGACGGCAUUGAAAGAUGUUCUAGACAAAACCAUCGAUCAUCUACACAGUGUUUGUUUGCCGGAUGUGUUUGUAUCGGUCUGCAGAGGAAUCUGGGACCGGUUGGGACAGGAUGUGCUUCGUCUUUUGGAAGAUAGGAAAGAUAACGUGACUUGGCACAAAGGCCCGAGAAUCGCAGUUUCUGUUUUGGAUGAAAUCUUUGCGACACAAAUGCAAAGCCUGUUAGGGAACGCUAUCAAGCCUGAGCACUUGGAGCCGCCGAGAUCAAUGAUGGAGCUCAGGUCUAUGCUAUGUAAAGAUUCUAAAGACUACAGAGAAGGAGGCUACAGCUACUAGUGAUGUGAACCGGUGAAGAAUCUGGUUCUGAUGGUUUUUGUUUCACCGCAAAGUCUUGUCUAUGGUUCAUUAGUAUGUUGAGAUUUUGAACAAAAACAUUGAACCAAAGCAAAUGUAGUUAACAAAAAAAAAAUAGCGGUUGCAAUUACAGUAGUAGAAACGAGCAAAGUUUAAUCA